AUGAAUCAAUUAGAUACAUCUCUAGGCAUUGAUUGCCUUAUCAAACCUACGACCGAUAUGGUGGAAUUAACUUUGGGUGCAAACCAUACUCGUCGAAGACAUACCGAAUAUUUAGCUUAUCCUGACUUGGACUUUGUUGAAGAAUCUCUUCAAAGCGACUGUACAGAAAAAGACAUAGAUGAAAAACGUUCAUUGGAACAAAUCUAUUCAAGACGAAAUAAAACGUUUGUUGAUGGUCUACCAGUUCAAGUUAUUAAAAUUGAUGCAGAAAGAAUUUAUAAUCCUGUUACAGAGUUUCUUUAUCCAUAUUUAUAUACAAUAACAAUUCGUCAUGGUUCUGCAUUUGAAUGGACAAUUAAAAAACGUUAUAAACAUUUUCAUGAUCUUCAUAAAGCUCUUUCUCAUUUUGUUAAAGAACAAACAGGGCGAUCUCUUAGUAGUUUAAACAAAAGUGAUUUAUCUGAAAAGAAAUCUAACAAUGAUGAAAGUAAUUCAUUAAUUAAAAAACAGGACGAGCGAGCAUGCUUUCCAACUCACAAUGAGCGCAUUGAAUUUAUUAAUCAAUUCACAAUUGUGGAACGAUGUAAAAUUUUGCAAGAUUAUUUAAAUAAAGUUUUAAAACAUGCAAAAUUCCGUGAACAUAUUGCGAUGAGAGAGUUUUUGGAAGUGAGCCCAUUAUCAUUUGUACAUGGCUUGGGUGUUAGUUCAAAAGAAGGUGCUAUUUCUAAACGUUCAAAUGAUGAUUUUCGUGGUCGUUCAAUAUUUCUUCGAGUUCCAUUUAUAUGUGACAAAUGUAAAAUGCAUCAUGGACAAAAAUGGUUUAUUCUGAAAGAUUCAUAUCUUGCUUAUAUGAAUCCUAAUUCAGCUUUAAUUGGAUUUCCAAUGCUUAUUGAUAGAGCAUUUUCUAUUGAACAAGGUUUUAGGAAAACUGGAACUAAUAAUGGUAUCAGAAUUAAAAAUUUACAACGUUCAAUGAUUAUUAAAUGUGAAAAAGAAGAAGAAAGAAAUGAAUGGUUCGAAUCUUUUAUGAAAGUUAAAAAUAAAUCUAUUCUCAUUGAACAACAUCCUUUUAAUUCAUUUGCACCCAAAAGACAACAACAAUAUGCUAAAUGGUUUGUAAAUGGUCAAUCAUAUAUGGAAGCAGUAGCUAAAGGUAUAUUAGCAGCAAGGGAAGAAAUAUUUAUUACCGAUUGGUGGCUUUCACCCGAAGUCAUGCUUAUACGUCCUUUUGGUGAUGAUUCAAUGCGUCUUUAUAAUUUACUUGGUAAACGAGCUGAAGAAGGAAUUCAUGUUUAUGUGAUGGUAUUUAAAGAUAUUGUACAAGUUGUUGGUUUAAAUAGUUGGCAUACGAAAGUAAAACUAUUGACUAAAAGUCCAAAUAAAAAGAAUAUAAAAGUGAUUCGACAUCCUAAUCAUUCAGUCGUACCUGGAACAGAAUCGUCAUUUCUUUAUUCACAUCACGAAAAAACUGUUGUUAUUGAUCAACGUAUUGCCUUUAUUGGAGGUAUUGAUCUUUGCUGGGGAAGAUGGGAUACAGAUGAACAUAGAUUGAUCGAUUUGGCAGAUAAAAAUGUAGUAGAAUUGCAGCUUCCAAGUGAAACGACUGGUCAACCUGAAGACGAAGCAGAAAAAGAACAAGCUACUGCUGACACUACACCAGAAAUAGCUCAAAAUGCUGAUCUAGAGAAUACUGUUUCUUCAAAAUCGUUGUCAAAAGAAAUUGUGAAUCCAGCUAAGCUUGAUCAACAAAAAAAAGACUCAUCAUUAAAAGCGAAUCAAAAUCAAAAUGUUAACGAUGAAGCAAUAACGAAUAAUAAUAAUAAUUUAACAAAAUCGUUAGAAGUAACAAAUUUUAUCAAUGAACUAAAUAAAACCGAAAGAAAACUUCUAGCUCAAGAAGAUUUAGCUGAACAACGACCUCAUGUAUAUAAAAAUAAAUGGAAAAAAAUGAUCAAAAAAGUUAGGCAUCAUGAUGAUCAAGAUUCAUCCGAUGAAGAUGAAGAAAUUCCACAACACGAACCACUCGAUGAAACACCUAAAACAAAUAUUGGUGAAACACCAGUUGUAGAUAAUAAAUGUCAAUAUUUUAUGGGAAAAGAUUAUGCAAAUUCUUAUGAAAAAGAUUUUGAAUUUAUUGAAAAAUUUGAUGAAGAUUAUCUCGAUCGUAAAUCUGUGCCACGAAUGCCAUGGCAUGAUGAAGCUUUAGUUGUCACUGGAGAGGCAGCAAGAGAUUGUGCCAGACAUUUCAUUCAACGAUGGAAUAUUCAUAAAGCCGAUAAAUUUCGUCAUAAUGAAUCGUAUCCAUAUAUUCUUCCAAAAAGUUAUGAUGAUGAUCAAUUAUUGGAUUCAUCAAUGCUUUGUGAGAUUCUUGGUGAAACACAAAAACCAAUUCAUGUUGAUGCUCAAUGUGUUCGUUCGGCUUCAUUUUGGUCAUGUGGAAUACGUACUAUUGAACAUUCAAUACAAAAUGCUUAUAUUCAUAUGAUUGAUAGUGCUCAACAUUUUAUUUAUAUUGAAAAUCAAUUUUUUAUUUCAAUUGCUGAAGAUAUAACAAUCAAAAAUAAUAUUGGUGAUGCACUUUUUCGUCGAAUACGUCGUGCUCAUAUUAAUAAAGAAAAAUUUAGAGUUUAUGUUGUUUUACCAUUAUUACCGGGUUUUUCAAAUGUUAAUGCUGUUCAAGCUGUUCUCUAUUUUAUUAUGAGAUCAAUUAAUAAAGGCGAAACAUCACUUUUCGAACGACUAAAAAGACAUGGUAUUUCUAAUCCUGAAGAGUAUAUAACAUUUUAUGGAAUGCGUAAUUGGGAUAUAUUAAUGGGUACACUAGUAACAGAAAUCAUUUAUGUUCAUUCAAAAUUAAUGAUUGUUGAUGAUCGAAUGUGUAUAUGUGGAUCCGCUAAUAUAAAUGAUCGUUCCCUUCUAGGUUCUCGUGAUUCAGAAUUUUGCUUAGUUGUUAAUGAUAUUGAAAUGGUUGAUUCACAAUUAAAUGGUCAAACACAAAAAGUUGGACUUUUCUCUUCAACAUGGCGAAAGAAAUUAUUCAGACAAUUGUUGGGAAUUAAAAAUGAACAAGAAAUGAAUGUUGAUGAUCCAUGUUCAGAUGAAUUUUAUGAAUAUUUUCGUCAAACAGCAAAACGAAAUUCACAAAUUUAUGAAGAAGUUUUUAGUACAUUACCUUCGAAUCAAGUUAGAACUUUUGUUGAUGUUGAAACAUACGCUCAACGACCCAAAUUAAAAGAAACCGACCCGUUAACUGCACAUGAAAAAUGUAAACAAAUAAAAGGUUUUAUCGUUGAAUGUCCAUUAGAAUUCUUAGUUGAUGAUGUUUUAAUGCCUCGAUGGAAUACAUCAGAAGGUAUGGCUCCUAUUCUCUUAUGGACAUAG